GUUUUGUUUGAGGACACGCCGAGCUGAAAGCAGGGGCCGGCCUUGACGGAGGAGAGGAGGGCCAUCAUGCCGAUUUCCACGGUGUCUUUGUACGCUGACAGAGUAGAGAUACGAGAAAGCACGCUGCUCUGAGUCACUCCAAAAUACACACACGCACACCGCGGACUCCUCGUGGCUGAGCCCGGCCGGCAUCACACCGCACACCGGACCGACAGGACGAAGACACUGGCGACAGAGAGCGGGAAGCUUUGAGAGGGGAAGAAGAAAGAGGAAACUCAGUAUGUCAGGGUUAAAAAAGAGAAACUCAAACUCGUCGGCGGACAGGGAGGAGGACAAGCAGGUCACGGAGAGGAUGCUGUCCCGGGGGCGGCGCGGGGAUAAGGGGGACUUCAACCAGACACCGGGGAGCGACCCCGGCGGCCGCGCCGUCGGAGGAGAGGCAGCGGGGGAGGGGGUCGUCCUGAAAAGGACCAUCACCCUGCUCAACGGCGUGGCCAUCAUCGUGGGCACCAUCAUCGGCUCCGGCAUCUUCGUCACCCCGACCGGCGUGGUGAAGGAGGCCGGCUCGGUGGGUCUGUCCCUGGUGGUGUGGGCGGUCUGCGGGGUGUUCUCCACGGUGGGAGCGCUGUGCUACGCGGAGCUGGGGACCACCAUCACCAAGUCCGGUGGGGACUACGCCUACAUCCUGGAGGUGUACGGCUCCCUGCCGGCUUUCCUCAAACUCUGGAUCGAGCUGCUCAUCAUCCGGCCGUCCUCGCAGUACAUCGUCGCCUACGUGUUCGCCACCUACCUCCUGAAGCCCAUUUUCCCCGUGUGCCCGGUGCCCGAGACCGGGGCCAAGCUCGUGGCCUGCCUCUGCAUCCUCUUGUUGACCUUUGUGAACUGCUACAGUGUGAAGGCGGCCACCAGAGUGCAGGACUUCUUUGCCGCAGCCAAGCUCCUGGCACUCGGGCUCAUCAUCAUCAUCGGCUUCGUGAAGAUCGGCCAAGGUGGAACAGAAAAUCUUCUUCCAGAAAAUUCCUUCAAGGGGUCCACAUAUGAGUUUGGCAGCUUGGGUCUGGCUCUCUACAGUGGCCUGUUUGCUUACGGCGGCUGGAACUACUUGAAUUUUGUCACAGAGGAGAUGAUCGAGCCUUACAAAAACCUUCCCCGCGCCAUCAUCAUCUCUCUGCCCAUCGUCACGGCGGUGUACGUUCUCACCAACCUGGCGUAUUUCACCACCCUCUCGACUGAGCAGAUGCUCAACUCAGAGGCCGUGGCUGUGGAUUUUGGUAACUACCACCUCGGUCCAAUGGCGUGGAUCAUCCCCGUGUUUGUAGGUCUGUCCUGCUUUGGAUCUGUCAAUGGUUCUCUGUUCACAUCAUCCAGGUUAUUUUUCGUGGGUUCCCGGGAGGGUCACCUGCCCAGUCUGCUGUCAAUGAUCCACCCCACCCUGCUGACUCCACUGCCCUCACUUAUAUUCACUUGCUUGAUGACGCUGCUCUACGCCUUCUCCAAAGACAUCUUCUCGGUCAUAAACUUCUUCAGCUUCUUCAACUGGCUCUGCAUCGCCAUGGCGAUCGUUGGGAUGAUGUGGCUCCGUUAUAAGAAGCCAGAGCUGGAGCGACCGAUCAAGGUGAAUAUCCUGCUGCCGGUGAGUUUCGUCCUCGCCUGCCUCUUCCUCAUCAUCGUCUCCUUCUGGAAGACUCCAAAGGAGUGUGCGAUCGGCUUCGGCAUCAUCGCUACCGGGAUUCCUGUCUACUUAAUCGGCGUGUGGUGGAAGAGCAAACCCAAGUGGUUGGUGAAUGGAAUCUUCUCGACCACGGCCUUUUGCCAGAAGAUGAUGGAGGUGGUCCCUCAGCAGUCCUAAAAGGCCCUUCACUACAGCCAGCAGCCAAUCAGGUUGCAUCAACAGUGACCUCUGGGCUCUGACAUCACAGCUGAUGAGCCUGACCUCUGUUGACCCCUCUCACCCCAAUCUCUCUCAAUUACACACACACACACACACACACACACACACCCUGUCUGCAGGGUGCUGAUAAGGACCUGAUGAAGACAGAAACGUGCAGGCGUCUGAGGCCGUCAUCUUAGCGGUCUUUAACUUUUUCCUUUUUUUUGGUUCUCUUAUGUUGCUGACAUUUUUGGGUUGUCAUUGAGUAUGGACUAUUUUUAGUCAUUAACUAUCCUUUGUAGACUGUUAUGCGUUGUUUUUUUUAUGAUGCAUUUCAAUGAAUUGUUUUUAUUUUUCUGUUUUUUGUGAAUAACUCCAUGUAAAAUAUCCUCCCUCGUGAGACACCUGUUGUAUUUAGCAUGUUGUGCCUUAUGUGGCAAAUGAAGGUGAAACUGUCAGCUGUGGCAGAAGUUGCCGGCUGUGUCUGAGAGGCGGCUGUCGGCCUCCGCAGAGUCGACACUGACCUACAAACAGCUGUAAACAGCUCUCUCAAGCCUAAAACCUUUGCAACAAGCAAGUUUUUUUUUAUCCUGCAAACAUCCACUUUUAAUCUCCUGGAGCCAACUUUUGCGUCUAAAAAGUAGAGGUUGGAGUUGUUGCUGUUUGUCAGAUAUUCAUGAAGCUUUGCAUUGGAAACUUUUGGUCCUGCAGUCAUUACAAUUCUUCAGCACUUUCAGUUAAAAGUCUUGUGUUGUCUGUUGUUGCCCGUUGGUCGGCGGCGUGACGUGUCGGUCACUAACUCCAGUGACCCCUCAGUGUCUGUCUGCUGAGUUUCAGCCCUGCUCUCUGCUGUUUUUGUGACCCGAUGUGGUUUUAAAGUCGUCUAUGCUGCUGUAGGAAGUGAGUGAUUGGAGAUCUUGGUGUGUUUGAGAUGGGUUUUUUUUUUACAGUAAUAAGGCUCAUUUUUCUGGAAUCCCUCAGAGAAAGGAGAAAGUUUAAAAUUUUCUCCUCAGUCCUCGUUCAAAGUCUACUUGCGUUACAUAUUUAUGUCUAAAGCAGACCAGCCGUAGAGGUAAACACGAGCACGCUGUGUGCAGUCUACUGAUCUCACCUCACAGGAUUUCUGGGUAUUGCAGAUUGACAGAGGUGUGUACACCAAUGUCGGAAAUCACUGGAAAGUGGGUCCAAAGUCAGAGUGUGUGGUAUUUUCCUGCUGUUAAUUAUUUUUUAGGUCAGUGACCUCAUUUUCGCUUUGGGGAUCAAUAUCUCAGCGCACUGGACCCGGCUCGCAGAGCGCCGUUAAAAUGUCAUCACACUGAGAUGAUGUUUCAGAUGUUGUGUUAAAGCCAGGUAACAAUACACACAGUGUCGGGUUAGAGCAGAGUGAACGACGGAAACCUGACACCCUUUUUAGUGUUAUGGGUGUCUGUGUCGUGUGUGCGUAUGUGAUGGAGAAUUUGUGUGUGUGUGUGUGUGUGUGUGUGUGUAGGUGGGAGGGGGAUUUCUAAGUUGCGAGCUCAGUCAGUUUCUCAUGUGUUUUUGGACACAGACAAAUUAAUCUUCUGGACAAAAAGGCACUGGUGACAUUUAAACGUUUCACUGUUAAUCACUCAAAUCCUCUGUUAUGUUCUGUCACAGUUUGAUAUAUCAUUGUGUGUGCGCGUGUGUGUGUGUGUGCGUGUGUGUGUGUGUGUGUGUGUGUGUGUGUGUGUGUGUCGGGGGUCCUUAAAGUGGGUAGAGGUAGGCGGGGUGAAAGGUUAAAGAGGAUUACAUUAAAGCAGAUAGACAACCAUAUGCUUCAGUCUAUGGAGAGAUGCAAACAGGAAAGAGAAGAGUUUGUUUGUUUGUUUGUUUUGUUUUUUGGGAGUUGUUGAAGAAGGAGCACAUUUUCAGAUCACAGUAUGAACUGCUAGUUUUUAAUUUCUCCUCGUCAUGUUUUGUUUUUACUUUUUUUCCACACACAGCAGCAGUUACAAAGAAAAGUUAGUGCUGUAUUAUUAACGUCGACCCUCCUCCUGGCAACGGACCAAAAGUAGACAUUACCGCGGCAUCUCUGUUUCCGUAGAAACAGCGUGACGGCCGCAGAGGCGGCUGAGCCGGUGGAUGCAGGACGGGUUAAUGUGUAUGUUUUAGAGGUAGAGCCUUUUCUAACACUCCAGCCAUCGCAAAGCCGAUGGGGAAACUAACCUGAAUAGGACUGUAGGACGUUUAUUUAUUUAUUUUUAGGAAAGUUGUUGUUGUUUAUUGUUAUUAGUCCCUCUAAUUUGUUUACAGGGCAUUUUGUGGAAAGUGCUUUACAAAUAAAUCUUGAGUUUUUUUUUCCA